AUGAAGAUCUACAAUUCGACGAUGUGGGCUAUCUUUGCACGAGGGAGGCACAUCCACAUUUCAAACAAUUAUGUUGAGGGCUGUGUGAUGCGCAACGAGAACUGUAAGAGUACAAAUGGUUGGGAGCAGUGUUUAGCUACCAACGCGAUAUCUGCAUAUGGUCCAAUCAUGUCCGAGAAUGUUACUUUUGAGAACAACGAGGUUUAUCAUUCUUGGGGUGAAGGAAUGGACUUAAUUUUAUGUUCAAAUUGUAUAGCCCGUGGUAACUAUUUUCACGACAUCUUCCCAAUCAUGUUUUAUUCAGACAAUGGCAGAAACCUAUUAAUAGAAAAUAAUAUUUUUAGACAAUCAAAUGGGUCACUCAAGGGCUGUGGCAGUGUAAGUUACCACGCGAUUUCCUUUGGAAACGAAAAGUGGCCGAAAGACCCGGUGGCCACUGUUAACAUGACUGUCAAGAACAAUUUCAUUUGGGGGACUUAUAACGGCGUCAGUUACUUUGGGGGGAGUGAUAUAGCACACUACAGUGAUAUUAAUGUCAUUUUUAACACGUUUUGGAAAUUAAAGGGGUGCGCUCUUCAAUUUUUGGAGGAGCCUGUUUUGAAGGGAAAUACGAAUAACUGCGUGUUUAAAAAUAAUUUUGUGUACUCUCCAAAUGACUAUUUCUCCGCUGCUGUUAACGAGAAUUACACAAAAUUCUGGAACGUCUCUGCAAACGUCUAUUAUGGAGUUAAUAGAAUUCAAUUGAAAGACACGUGGAACGGGACCGAUGGGAAGGCACAUUCAAUUCGAUUUAAUUUGACCGAAAGUGGUCCACUCGAGUUCUUUGGUGGCGGGGCGUAUGGAAAUUGUUCGAAUGAAAGUUAUUGGAAUGUUGAUGUGCAGACAUAUUGUUUUAUACCUAAUAAUAAAUCUGUGUUGUAUCAUAUGGGGGUGGACGCAGGGUACAAAGAAAUGGAAGGAAAAAUCGAAAAAGAUUACUUUGGAUGUGCAAGAAAUAGAGUCAGACCGUCGAUUGGAUAUUCAGAAGGUGAUUUUAUAUGUAUUAGCAAGAGCGCAACUUUGGGCAGUACUAUCAUAUUAUUAUUCUCUGUGAUAAUUGGAAUUAUUUAA